AUGGGGUUAUCCUGCAGCUGUUUUCAAGACCCAUCAGAUUAUAGCAAUCAAGUCAAACUCGAAACAAUAGGCCCAGACGAAUCAACUGAACCAGAAAGGGUAAGCAAUCAUAGAAAAACUGAGCUUAUUAUCAAUUACGACGAUCUUCUUAAAAUACAAGGUGUGCUGAGGGGAUAUAUAGAAAGAAGGAGAGCUAAAGAGAUUUAUCACAUUGAGAGCAAUACUUUCAAAAGACAACAAAAAAGCAGCCAAACAGUUAUAAGAGCAGAAAAUAAUAAAAAACUCAGUUCGAUAAGAGCCACGACAUUAUAA